AGUGAGUUUCUUUUAGUGCCUGACCUCCAGAGAGCAAUAUGCUGGCUUCCCCAGCGUGCUUCAUCUUAUUUCUUCUCUGCCAGCUCACAGGGCCAGCUGCCUGUGGAGUCCUGAAGAAGCUAGUUGGCGCUGUUGGUGGGUCUGUGACUUUCCCUCUGAAUCUCUCAGCAAAUAUGACUGACAGCAUUAUCUGGGUCUUCAACACAACCACUUUUGUCACCAUACAGCCAAAAAUGGCAGACAAAAAAGCCCUUAUCAUAGUGACCCAACAGCGUAACAAGGAAAGGGUGGACUUCCCAAAUGAAAGCUACUCCCUGAAGCUCAGCAAACUGAAGAAGAAUGACUCUGGUGCCUACCGUGUGGAGAUAUACAGCUCAACCCUCCAGAAUCCCCUCAGCCAGGAGUAUGAGCUGCGUGUCUAUGAGUACCUGUCAAAGCCCAAAGUCACUGUAGGUCUGCAGAACAAUAACAAUGGCACUUGUGUAACCAAUCUGACGUGCUCCAUGGAGGAGGGAGAAGAGGAUGUAACUUACAGCUGGAUGUCCCUGGGGCAGGCAAACAAUGAGUCCUAUGGUGGCUCCAUCCUCCCCAUAUCCUUGAGGUGGGAGAAAAGGGACAUGACCUUCAUCUGCCUGGCCAGGAACCCCAUCAGCAGCAACUCCUCAAACCCCAUCUUUGCCUGGAAGCUCUGUAAAGGUACUACUGGCGGCCUGGCUACCUCUGGAAUCUUCAGCAUCCUGUUGUCGUUCAUACUGCUCUUUUCCCUUGCACUGAUGCUAAUUAUUUUGAUCAUACGACGAGAAAGAAGAAAAGCAUCCAUCGAAGAGAAAGGUGGAGUGGGCACUCAUCCGGAAAUUCUUAGCUGCAACCCCCCUUCUGGAGAGACACUGGAGUAUGACACGAUCCCUCACCUUAAAAACACCAUUCCAGAGGAAAAUUCGCUUAACACACUUUAUUCCACCGUGCAAAUACCUCCAAAGGUGGAGAUACCCCACUCACUGCCCGAGUUGCCAGACACACCAGGGCCAUUUACCUAUGAAAAUAUCAUCUAAACAGCUGUGUGCUCCCUGGUGACUCACUCCAGAGAAAAUGGUCAAAAGAAUUCACUGAUUUGACCAGAAACAUCAAGGAAGAAUGAAGAACAAUGACUUCCUUCUAGAAUAAACUAUAAUCUAUUCUCCUUCAGAGUUAAGGGUCCCUAAUCCAACCCUCUUCUGAGAAAUCUCAGCUCCAGAACAGAAAUGUGAUUAUGAAUUUAUCAGCCAACUUUAAGCAAGGAGCUUAGAAACAUCUCUGUUGAGAUGUAAAUGAAGGUUCACACAUAAGAAUGACUGCUGCCAUUCCAGAGCUUGGAGAUGAGGAAUAUGCCAAGGGUUUGGUGGCCAAGAUGGCAAGAACUUCAGAGUGGCCAUUGUUCCCAGUAGAAGUAGAAAACAGUGGUCAGAAAUGGAUUUAUUUACUGACUCAUCAACUAUGUGCCUUGUAUAGUGCUGAUCUUACCCUUAUUUGGGUCAGACAUGCUCUCUAUACAUCUGAAAUUGGCCCUCCGCAAACUUCUUUUUUUUUUUUUUUGUCUUUUUGCCAUUUCUUGGGCCGCUCCCACGGCAUAUGGAGGUUCCCAGGCUAGGGGUCGAAUCAGAGCUGUAGCCACU